AUGUUUGACAGACUAUGUGAAGAGUUUGACAUCUAUCAAUCAGUUUAUUUGAAUUGGCUUGUGAUUGUCCUACCGAAUAUGUAUCCAACUUUAUUUGGAUUAUUUAAAGCACAAUACGCUAUGCUGGAUAAAUCCUAUUGGACACCAUUAUCCGAAGAACUUUCCGCCUUUCAUCCAGCUGUAGAUAUUCUUCGUACGAUUUGUGAUAAAACUACUCCAACUGAAAAGCUUCUAAUUACUUAUCAGACAUUUGCUACUGUGGAUCAGUGUUUGAAAAUUUCUUGGAAUAUCAUUUGUUCUAUGGAUCUACGCAUACCUCCAGUUCGAGCUGUUCGCAUGGUUAUUCAUUGGUUUUCUCAUUGGGAUAAUCUAGAACGUGAAAUAUUCCUGUCUACCUGGGAUAACCUAGAGGAAAUCGAUCCCCACUUAUCUACUGAACAACAAGCAACAAUUGAUUCAUACGUUUGUAACUGUAAUGAAGCAGCUACAAUCGUUUGA